AUGGAGCGCCUGGCCUCUUUCAGCAAUGAUCCUUUUGAUAAGCCUCCAUGCCGAGGUUGCUCUUCGUACCUCACAGAGCCCUACGUUAAGUGUGCUGAGUGUGGGCCUCCUCCCUUCCUCCUGUGCUUGCAGUGUUUCACAAGAGGAUUUGAGUACAAGAAGCAUCAGAGUGACCACACUUACGAGAUAAUGACAUCUGAUUUCCCUGUCUUGGAUCCUAACUGGACAGCUCAAGAGGAAAUGGCUCUGCUGGAAGCUGUGAUGGAUUGUGGAUUUGGGAACUGGCAGGACGUAGCCAACCAGAUGUGUACAAAGUCCAAGGAGGAGUGUGAGAAGCAUUACAUGAAGCACUUCAUCAACAACCCUCUCUUUGCAUCCACCUUGCUGAACCUGAAGCAGGCAGAGGAGGCACAGCACAACGAAACAGCCAUUCCCUUCCACCCUGCUGAUGACCCUCCACGGCCAACCUUUGAUUCCUUGCUCUCCAGGGAUAUGGCUGGGUACAUGCCAGCCAGGGCUGACUUUGUUGAGGAGUUUGACAACUAUGCUGAAUGGGAUUUGAGAGAUAUUGAUUUUGUGGAGGAUGACUCUGACAUUUUGCAUGCUCUGAAGAUUGCAGUGGUAGAUAUCUACCAUUCCAGGUUAAAGGAAAGGCAGAGAAGAAAAAAGAUUAUAAGAGAUCAUGGCCUCAUUAACCUCAGGAAGUUUCAGAUUCUGGAGCGGCGCUACCCCAAGGAGCUGCAGGAGCUGCACGAGACCAUGCGGCGCUUCGCGCGCAUCCUGGGGCCCCUGGAGCACGACAAGUUCAUAGAGAGCCACGCCUUGGAGUUUGAGCUGCGCAGAGAGAUCAAGCGGCUGCAGGAGUACAGAGCAGCAGGAAUCACCAACUUCUGCAGUGCCAGGACCUACGAGCACCUGAAGCGGACGCGGGAGGAGGAGCGGCUGAAGCGCACCAUGCUCUCCGAAGUGCUGCAGUACAUCCAGGACAGCAGUGCCUGCCAGCAGUGGCUCAGCAGACAAGCUGACAUUGAUUCCGGCCUGAGUCCCACGGUGCCAGUGCCUUCCAAUUCAGGCAGGCGCAGUGCUCCGCCGCUGAACCUCACCGGGCUGCCUGGCACCGAGAAGCUCAACGAGAAGGAGAAGGAGCUCUGUCAGAUGGUGAGGCUGGUCCCUGGAGCCUAUUUAGAGUACAAAGCUGCACUGGUGAAUGAGUGCAACAAGCAGGGAGGCCUGAGGCUGGCACAGGCUCGAGCGCUCAUCAAGAUCGAUGUGAAUAAGACCAGGAAGAUCUACGACUUCCUGAUCAGGGAGGGCUACAUCACCAAGGCCUGAG